GCCAUCAUCCACCAAUCCUCUAUCAAAACAGCAUGUGGUCCAUAAUUAUUUUAGUUAGCAUUGCAGCAGUCUCUGCUGAACGUCUUAAUUUCCAUGGGGAUAAAGUUUUCCGUGUAGUACCACAAAAUGCUGAACACGUGGAACUUCUCAGAUCCUUAGACAUAAACGCUGAGCUUGAUUUUUGGGUUCCUGCCUCCACCUCAAGCAUAAUUGAAGGAGGACGUGUUGAUUUCCGUGCGAAAAGCCAUGUAUCCUAUGACGUGCAGGCUCUUAUUGCGCAAAGUGGCAUGCCCUAUCAAAUUUUGAUUGAAGAUGUCCAGUUAGCUGUGGAAAGUCAACAAAAUAGCAGCAUCCGUGCUGUCCACAGCUACCUAAAGUACAAUGACAUUGAUACGAUUAAUGCAUGGACUGCCAGCAUUGCUGCAGAGUACCCAGAUCUUGUGUCUCGUUCCCUGUUUGCAACCUCAUAUGAAAGUCGUCCUGUCUACUUACUAAAGGUUGGCAAAAGUGGUAAUAACAAGAAAGCAAUUUUCAUUGACUGUGGUUUUCAUGCAAGAGAAUGGAUUACUCCUGCUUUCUGUCAGUGGUUUGUUAAGGAGGCUGUUAAUUCAUAUGGAACCGACGCUCAAUUCACCAAACUUCUUGACAACUUGGAUUUCUAUGUUGUACCUGUUUUGAAUGUUGAUGGUUAUGCCUAUUCCUGGACAACUGACCGUUUAUGGAGAAAGACACGUUCUAUUAACAAGAAUACAAAGUGUGUUGGAACUGACCCAAACAGAAACUUUAAUGCUGGAUGGUGUACUAAUGGUGCGACUUCCAGUCCAUGUAGUGAAGUGUAUUGUGGUGUUACUCCUGAGUCUGAAAGUGAAACCAAAGCUCUGGGUGACUUCAUUCGCAGUAACCUGUCUUCUAUCAAGGGCUACCUGACAAUCCACUCCUAUUCACAGAUGUUGCUGUUCCCCUAUUCAUAUAAAAAUUCUGCUGCAAAGGAUCACUCGGAGCUUAACUCUCUUGCCAAGGACGCAAUUGAAAAACUAGCAUCACUGCAUGGAACUGUUUACACCUAUGGACCUGGAGGGAAAACAAUCUACCUGUCAUCAGGGGCCUCAGAUGACUGGGCAUAUGAUGCUGGUGUUAAAUAUUCGUUUACCUUUGAGCUUCGUGAUUUGGGAAAGUACGGCUUUUUACUUCCUGAAUCUGAGAUCAAGGACACGUGUGAAGAAACCAUGCUAGCUGUGCAAUAUAUUGCAGAGUACAUCCUGAACAAUGCAUGAUUAAACACUUUAUCCACCUGAAAAAAAUACAUAAUCAAACAUUGUACAUCUAUUCAUUAACUCUGCUUGUAAUGAACAAGCAUAUUAAAUUAGUAUUUGAUUAAAUUAAAAA